AUGAUCACCAACAAAGCAAAUUGGAUCCCCGAACCGAAAACCCAAGAGGAGAAUCAAGAAUCCACCACUGCUCAAAUUCUCAAUUUUUUUCCCCAUGACAUCACUCUGUAUCAAAACGACCGGUUGCCAAAGGAAAGCGAUUGGUCGCCCCAAUUAGUCGCAGUAGACAACGAUCGGUUGCCAGAGGAAAACGAUCAGUUGUGCCGAUGCUGUCAAAAUCAGGAGGAGAAAAUUGAACUGUUUUAUGAGAUUUUGCCCGCUUCAGCUCCAGUACCACACCAAUCACCUGCUGAGGAAGUCAUUCAGGUGACAUCUUUUCCUGAAACUGAUAACACUAAUGAAAUAUCCCAUGAUGAUUUGAUUUCAGAAGGCACAGAGCCUACAUAUAAGCUUCCAGAAAGAAAGAACCGUAGCAAACCUCGAGUACAAUAUGAAGCAGAUCUUAAAGCCAAAGGGAAAUACCCCAUCAAUAAUUAUAUAUCUUUCAAUAGAUUAUCAGAGUCACGUGUGCACUAUGUGAAGCAGUUGCCUGACAUAUUUGUCCCAAACAGUGUAACUAAAGCACUAGAAGACCUAAAAUGGAAAGAAGCCAUGAAUGAAGAAAUGCGAGCUCUCCAAAAGAAUGUCACAUGGGAACUCGUGCCCUUACCUCAUUGA